AUGGUGACAUACUUCCGGCCUUUGUGACUCAUUGUGUCUGUGUCGAGGCGUCGGGAGGGCCUAAGUCCGUUUUCGGUGCCCUUCGGCCGGCUUGAGCCCUACAGUCAGUUCUCUUUUCUCACCCAGCACCCCGAGGCCGCUCCAGGGGCUCACGGAACAGUACAGAAACAGAUCUAAAACCUCUAGCCAGAGAGGCCAGCACAGACCCAGACCCCAUUUGGAUCACGUCAGUUCCCUUAGCCUGAACGAUGACUGCUGAGUCAAGGGAAGCCACGGGUCUGUCCCCGCAGGCUGCACAGGAGAAGGAUGGCAUCGUCAUUGUGAAGGUAGAAGAGGAAGAUGAGGAAGACCACAUGUGGGGUCAGGAUUCCACCCUGCAGGAGACGCCACCUCCCGACCCAGAGAUUUUCCGCCAGCGUUUUAGGCGCUUCUGUUACCAGAACACUUUUGGGCCUCGAGAGGCACUGAGUCGACUGAAGGAACUCUGUCAUCAGUGGCUACGACCAGAAAUAAACACCAAGGAGCAGAUCCUGGAGCUGCUGGUGCUGGAGCAGUUCCUUUCCAUUCUGCCCAAACAGCUCCAAGUCUGGCUACAGGAGUACCGGCCCGAUAGCGGAGAGGAGGCUGUGACUCUCCUGGAAGACUUAGAGCUUGAUCUGUCAGGACAGCAGGUCCCAGGUCAAGUUCAUGGGCCUGAGAUGCUUGCCAGGGGGAUGGUACCUCUGGAUCCAGUACAAGAGUCUUCAAGCUUUGACCUUCACCAUGAGGCCACCCAGUCACAUUUCAAGCAUUCAUCUCAGAAACCCCGCCUCUUGCAAUCCCGAGCAGUCCCUGCCACCCACAUUCCUGCCCCUCCUCAUGAUGGGAGUCCCAGAGACCAGGCGAUGGCAUCUGCCCUACUGACCGCAGAUUCUCAGGCAAUGGUGAAGAUCGAGGACAUGGCUGUGUCCCUCAUCCUGGAGGAAUGGGGAUGUCAGAACCUGGCUCGAAGGAAUCUCAGCAGGGACAGCAGGCAGGAGAAUUAUGGGAACGUUUUUUCACAGGGUCGUGAAAAUAAGAGUGAGAACGAGGAGUCAACCUCAAAGGCUAAAGACACAGAGGACUCAGCAUCCCAUGGGAAAACAGCAGGAAGAUUCCAGAAAGAUUUAGGAGAGAAACGUGAACAGCCAGGCAGAAGAGUAGAAAGGCAACAAAGAAACCCUGAAGAGAAAACUGGAAAGGAGAAGAGAGAGUCAGGGCCAGCUACAGCCAAGGAGAAAAAAACCACCCCAGGAGAGAGAGCUCCAAGAGAGAAGGGCAAAGGCUUGGGAAGAAGCUUCAGUCUGAGUUCAAACUUUAAUAAUACCCCUGAAGAGGUUCCACCAGGAGCAAAGUCUCACAGAUGUGAUGAAUGUGGUAAAUGCUUUACAAGAAGCUCAAGCCUUAUUCGCCAUAAAAUAAUCCACACUGGAGAAAAGCCCUAUGAAUGUAAUGAGUGUGGGAAAGCCUUCAGUCUCAACUCAAAUCUCGUCCUACAUCAGCGAAUCCACACAGGGGAGAAACCUCAUGAAUGUAAUGAGUGUGGCAAAGCCUUCAGUCAUAGCUCAAAUCUCAUUCUGCACCAGCGCAUCCACUCUGGAGAGAAGCCCUAUGAAUGUAAUGAAUGUGGGAAGGCCUUCAGCCAGAGCUCAGACCUCACCAAGCAUCAGAGAAUCCACACAGGGGAGAAACCCUAUGAAUGUAGUGAAUGUGGAAAAGCAUUCAACCGAAACUCAUACCUUAUUUUGCAUCGGAGAAUUCACACUCGAGAAAAACCUUACAAGUGUACUAAGUGUGGCAAGGCCUUCACCCGGAGCUCAACCCUCACACUGCAUCACAGAAUCCAUGCUAGAGAGCGAGCCUCAGAGUAUAGUCCAGCCUCCCUGGAUGCAUUUGGGGCAUUCCUGAAAGGCUGUGUGUAAAAUAGGAAUUUGUUAUCAACCCUUUUCCUGCUUUGUUCCUAAAAUUAUUUCAAAGAUGUGUGCCCAUGGAGGGAAAAAAAGGCCUCAAUAGAUUUUUUUUUUUUUUUUAAAUCACACUCAAGGAUCCUUAGAGUUACAUCAGCAGUAUUCUGCCUUUGGGCAUGUGAUUCUUCCAUGCAGCCCCUGCAGGGAAAAGCUGGUCAGACAAAUAAUCCACAUGCUGUUCCACACAAAAUGAAAGCACAUACAUAGAAAGAUAACAAGCUUUUCAGUAAUGAGGAUACCUUUAAGGCACUAUUGGACUCAUAGCAACCAUGGCACGUAAUUCAAAGAUCACACUUGCUCUGUGAAUGUGACAAUUGAGGUUAAGAAGCCACUUGCUGCAAACGAGCCCUACUUGGCCAACAUCUUGUUUAUUUCUUGCAAGAAAGACAGUUAAAACAAAUACUACAUUGGGACAUGCUCCUCCAGCUAGUUACAUGUCCCGUACGUUACGUGUAUCUGAUUACUGGUAGCCUACCAAAGCUAUAGAAAUCUAGGACUAUACUGAUCAGUAUCAAACCAAAGAUUUCUAUCUCUUUCUGAGAGGGUAUGUGCACCAGUCUACAGUUCCAAAGGACUUCAACAAAUGUAGAUGGUUCUAUCCUCAUCACUGAGAUCAGUUCUACUGAAAUAGCAAUGAGUCAUAACACUUGUCCCCCUUUUUGAAGUUUCUGAAGCACUCUAGCACUCCUAAAGGCAUUUCUCCACAAGUUAGCACUUAAUUUUAUACUAUCUUUUAAUCUUUGUUUUGUGUGUGAGAUUUUUUAUCGCGCCUGCCCCGCCAAAAGAGAUGUUUCUGUUCUUGAGGGAUGUAGUUUGAUGUUCUACCAACACAGCACCACACAUGGUGCUGGACACAUAAGAGACACUCCUUGUGACUGACUUCUAGUAGAACUUUAAUAUUUAUGAGAAAGCCUUGUGAAUCACGGGUUUCUGAAAUAUAGUAGCCUGGCCCAAUUGAAAGAGGACCUUCAGGUUCAGUAAGAGGAGGUAUACUAAAACCUCUGGGUAUUCAUGUCCUAAAUACAAACAAAAGGAACUGGCUAACCGCUUGCAUAGAUUUUUCUAAACAUGGAUCAGAAAUAAACACAACAAAAUGCUAGAAAUGACUCUGUUGUCAGCAUCUUAAGGAGGUUAUAAUACUGACUAGUUAUUUUUUGACAUCUCUCCGUGGCAGAGCUACUAGCCAGAAUUCACUUCAGUCACUUCAGUGUGAUGAUGGUGGGCCCUUUUUGAAUCAUUUGUAACUUGGGUAAUAAUACAGCUCAGAAGCGGUGAUUUUUAUUGCUUUUCAGAAAAAGGAAAAUGGAACAUAUUUUCCACACUUUCCAGAAACUGUUACAGCAUUUGUUAUCAUUAGCUGGCAAUUACUACAGGUAUGUUGUUGCUCUGAGAAGUUCACCAUUGUACUAAGAUGUGGUUAAUUGUUUCACAGUAACAGUGCACAAUGUUUUUUGUUUCUCAUUUCUCAAGACCAAGGUGAGGUUAUGGAACCCUAACCUCUCCCAUCAUCUGCAGGAAGACACAGAUGGCCCCAUAGAUGUUGAUGAAGACAGUGUCACAUGUAUGGGAGACAAACCAAGUGUUGCAAGUUCUGUAGGUCUCAAGGGCUUGAGAUGGAACUGGCUGUGUUCAUGAGAGCAUUCAAAUGGCUGUGGUCAGCCCUGCAAAAACCUGGACUAUAAAGCAAACCUGAACACUGACAGUAUAAUCACCAUAUAAUGGGAAAAUCCCACAUACAGUUUGAGAUUUUUCUCUAAAGAAACAGAGUAAAAACCAUUGUUCAUCAGUCCUUCUGACCAACAAUUAAAGUCCAUGAAAUAUCAUGGCUGAACAAAUGAGGCAGAGACAUAAGGCCUCAGCCCCAGACUAAACUAAACUUCUAUACAGCAAUCAAUUUUUGGCCUCAUUGCUUGGACCAACCACAACUUCCCCUAUGGCAUUUUCUUCAGUUUUUCCUGGAAAAGCCACAUAGCAGGUUAGUCAGUUACCAGAAUACUUACCCAAUUUAAGAAAAAAAGAAGAGGUAUUCCAGAAGAGUAUACCUCAUUGACUUUCUGUAGUGAAAUGGAGGUAGAAAUGUUUUGAGAAUUUUCCUCUAACAGUGAGCCACAGUGACAGUUGCGUAGAAAAUUGCUGGUGCUUUGAGAUCUUUGCCCGCUAGGAAAAAAGGCAUAGAGGUGAAAUAUACAACUCUGGGCACUCAUCCAAGCAUUGACUUUGUUUAUAAGAAGGAAAAGACAGUCAGUUCAACAUUGGCUUUUUCUUUUCUUUUUUUAAUGCCACAACUACAUGCUGACAUUGUAGGGUUUGGUUUUAAAUGAAAUUUAAAUAUGACCAAUGCCCUGGCGUUAGGUUCCCGUUUUAUUGGGAUAUCUAACUGACUUUGCUAGAUAGCUGCUGGGGUUGCUUCAGAUCUUCGGCAGAUGCACUGCUGGAGGCAGCUAUUUGAAGAUGUGUUUUCUGAGGAAAACAGGCUGCAACUGGUUUUUAAAACCGUGGAUGUAUCAAAUACUUGUUGUGAAGUGUCAUUGGACCAGAAACACCGGCAACACCUCUAAUUAGUGCUCAGGAUAGUUCAAAAGUUGUGACUGGCUGACAUCUGUUAACAGUUGAAGUACUCUUGUAGUUAACCAUUAGCAUGCUAGUUGACCUAAUGGAACUUUUUGAAAAGUUUUUAAAACUAACACCUUCACCUUGCCAGGAAGAGAAAUAAAAUUCUUCAGUCUAUAAGGUAUUUGUUUCUAAUCCAGCCUGGCAGGCAAGGCUAAACCUGAGACUAUAGAUGUAUGAGACAUGUUGGUGUGUACAGCACUUAAUACUAAAGGCAUAGAAGUGAAACUGCUAAAUGUGUGUGGAGAGUGAUGUGUUUGAUGUGUGGGACAAUUCACAUCUUACAUCAGAGAAUUGAUUUCCAAAAGGAACCUCUUGAAUGUGAUAAAUAUGGCAAAGCCUUUAAUCACAUUUCAGCCCUUAACAACAGAAAGCUUCCACUGUAAAUAAAGCUUAUUAAUAUUGUAUGUGAAGAAAACUUUCGUGCAUAGCACUCAUUGCUUGGGACAGAGAUGAAUUCCUUCAGUAUGUUCCAGUCAUUGGAUAAUUUCAGAAACACUGCAGAGGGAGCUCAGUCUUAGCUACAAAGAACUCACAGGAGAACAUGUGGGGAAAUGCUAAAGAAAUAGCAAAAUGUACAACUUCAUACAAAAAUUGUUAAUGUUGGAUACUUCCAUAUAUUUUGUAUGACCAUAAUGUUGGUGUGUUUUGUACCUUGAAAACCCGUUAUUCUGUAUAUUCCCCAAAAACAGAUUAUGUAUUUUAUUUUAAUCUAUUUGACAGAACACAUCGCUCCAAGAAAUGAAGUUUUGGAGUGAAUAGUGAAGAUAGUGAUAUGGUGAUAGUUAAUUCACAGAACUGAGGAUAGGAAAAAAUCCAAGGACAAAAAACUUCAUUGGUUUGAUGCUUCUUGAAUUGAGAGAUCAAUAAACUUGUGGAGAUUCACGUGUUAAUAGGGCACUAAAGUGGAACAGCUAAGUUGACCUCUGAGCUGCCAGGUCACCAUUGUGAACCAAAGGGAUGCAUGGACUCAGUGAGCUUGCCAGGGGAAGAGGGUUUUCUCCAUGAUUGGAGAGUUAGAAAGUGUACUGGGAUGGCCAGUGGGACCACUUAACCCGACCAGGUCCUGUAAACUACAAUCUUUACACUUGUAAAACUUCAGAUAGAGUCAGGUGUGGUAGCUCACGCCUGUAAUCCCAGCACUCAGGAGGCUGAGGCAGGAGGAUCAUUGAGAGGUCAAGACCAGCCUAAGCUAUAAAAUGAGCUCAAGGCCAGCCUGAACUACAUAGAGAGAUCCUGUCUCAAAAAGAUUAAAACAAAAAAAGGAAAACACCAAGAUGGGGGUUGUUUCCCAGGAUAUAGGGCUGGAUGCAUCCAGUAUGAUACUGUAAGACUUGUCAUGAGGCUGGAGAAACAGAUUGUAUGGCUGUGCUCCUGUGUACCUUCCCUGCACCUGCUUGCUUUCUCUAGUGUAUGAUUAUUAGUGGGGGAGAGUUUUUGAAGAGUCCUAGUUGUGGAAGACUUUAUCCCUUUUAAUCCUAGAUCACCUUUGUUCCAGAUAGGCUUGCUGGUCUACUUAAAAACCAACUCACCAGGUUCAUCCUGCCAUCCUCAUGGGAGACUGAUGGUGUGAACUGGAGUACCAGUGUUGAAAUGUAAUCAGUGACAGUAAUGCUUGCCAGAGGAGCCCUGUUUGUGUUUUGUUGUUGUUUUGGUACCAGGAAUUGAACUCAGGACCUCACGCUUGCUAGGUAGGUGCUGUGCUGCUGAGCUAUAUCCCUGGCCUAAGGAGCCCUGUUUUGUGCAUCCCUCUUGAGCAAUCUCAGAAAUACUUGAGGGAGCUGAGGUUUUCAUUCGGGAAACCAAUUGAAGGUCUACAGAGUAAGUGAAAUAUAAAAUCAGAAAAGAAAUUAAAUGGUAUAAAUAGGUCAUUUCAUAGGGGUAGAGUAGAUGUUUAUUUCAGCUACUACUGGAGAAUUUAAUAAAAAGCAUUAUUUGGAAAGUUUUCCUAAUGUAGAUUUAGGUUUUGUUUUAGGCACACUACUGUACAUUUAAAAGCAGUUACUUAUUUUGCUAUCCAGAUUUUUUAUUAUAUCUGAAAAUUAUCUGUUUUUACUUUUCAAAACUUUGUAAAACAAACUUGAAGUUAUAAGGAGGUAAGCCAUCUCCAAUUCUGCAGGUCAAACAAAAGUUGGGGAAAUACUUUUGACAUCCCAUCAACAGAACAUCUUAACAUAAGAAUUUAGUUUUGGGGCCCAGGAUUUAGCUCAGCAGCAUAAGCGCCUGCCUGGCAAGCAUGAGGUCAUGCGUUGGAUCCCAGGUACCAAAAAAAUAAAGAACUUAGUUUUGUACUGUGUGGUUCUGUUUACUAGGCGGUACCACCAAUUCCCUGUCUUUCUCUGUCACCCUAAACAGUAGGAAGGAGAAAAGGGCAUGAGGUGAUUUCUAAGCCACAGUCUUCGCUGAUUGUAACAUUUUGUUUUUAUUCUUGGAAAUUUUCAUGCCUCCAUUUACUAAAAGAAUCAUGACUCAUUUGAAGUUAUACAUAAUCAGAAAAGUUAAUCGGUCUUAAAAAUUAAAAUUUCUCCCUUUAGCAAGCACUCAUUAAGCAGUGAGGCUCAGUGCUUGAAGAUAACAAAGAAUGAGAUUUGUGUGAGUGAAAGGGGUGGGACUGAAACUUGAGUUUUGUUCCGGUUUCACAUUUGGGUAUUAAAUUCCUUUGGUGUCCAGGAAAGGGGCCAGGCAGCUGCAGGUACCUUGAGUCAGCAUCCUGUUGUCUCCUAUCAGGUGCAACAGGAAGGAGAAAGGGGCAGAGUUAAUGACACCAUACACACACACCGUAUCGUCGCCCAAGGAAGCACAAUGAGGCUAGAACAGGGAGAAAAACUUAUGGAUGAGUUGGGUUAGUGAUUGUUUGCCUGCCUUCCUCUUCACCUCAGCCAAGUGACAGCAUUCAGCUGCAGCUUGAAGUUUCUAGCCUGCCCUCACAAGGACAAAGCAUGUUAGACUUAGAGAUGCUUCUGCUCAUAGCAGGACUUAUUUGGUCACAUAUAUGAGGUGGGUGGGUGGGAGGAAACAGAUUGUGCUUAUGCAGAAAAAUCAUGUCCUAAAAAUACAUGAGUGGAGGGAUAAGGGGUGGCUUAUGCAAACAAAAUCAGUAAUUAUUUUAAGAUGAGCAUAUGUAUUUUUAUUAAACUUUUAGUUAAAUAUAGAUUAUUACAACCAGGUCAACAUGAUAAGCCUAAAUCUAUAUAUAGAGCUAACUCAGGCAUUGUCUUGUUCAAUUUUUAGACUAGUUAAAACAACCUGUCCUUUUUUUGUCAGUUCCCAGCUGUUUUUAGGAUAAAUCAGACCAAAAGAAGAAUCUUAACUUGUCUUUAUAUACCUGCCCAAUUGAGUUAUUGCUGUUAACUUUUCAUUUUACUAGUUUCUGAAGAGUCCAGAUGCUUCGUAGAUGGUCAGUAAAUGAUUUCUAGAUUGAAUUUGCUGAAAAUCCUCAACAUUUCUAGAAAAGCUUUCACUAAAUUUUGGAAUCUUAGACAAAAGUGUUUAUUUUUAAAGCUAGAGAAACUGCACUAAAAUUGAAACCUUGAUCAAGAGCUAAUGUUUCAAUAGAGAGAUGGCAGCACAACAAAAUUUGUAGUCAGUGGUCCAUUUUAGGAAGCCCGUGAUGUCUGACAAACAAUAGAAUAGUGAAACUGGGGAAGGAAGUUGUGGAGAUUGUAAUAGUCUCUUUAUGUUGUUUCUCUUCUGGGUCAUGGUACAACAAUAAAUUAUCAUCUCUUAAGUGGCAA